CUUUAAAAGGAGUGAUUUAAUGAGUUACGCAUACACAGGGUUGUGAUGUCAAAUUGAAAGUUUCCGCCAAACUCUUUCAAAUUCCGUCGUGUCUUGCAGUUGGAAAAAUAACUAAAAAACAAUUUACAAUUUACUUUUUCUUCAAAAGUUUACUUACUAUCUUCAUCUUGGUGUUCUAAAAGCUUUUGUGUGCGAGCGAAGGCACUCAGUCAUAAUUGUAGUAAUGUUUUGGCCAAAAUUGCAGCAAAAUCGCUGUGGUAGUGUCACUUUACUUCGUCAGAAUGUUGGGCCCGAGUACAGCUAUACCAUACACUACUAUGAAUUUAAUUUACUUUGGCCUUCUUUUCAACAUUUUUUCAAUAGGUUGAGCGAUACGAUUUUAACCAGGGAGGGCAUCAACCUAGAACAGGCCACUUUACCCAAGUAGUAUGGAAGAACUCUAAGGAGCUGGGCAUGGCAAGAGCAAAGAGUUCUAAUGGAAGUGUAUAUGUGGUGGCCAGAUACCGUCCAGCCGGAAAUGACUUGAACGCAUUCAAGGGGAACGUCCUUCCAAAGGGGCAGGUGCCAACGGGAGAAAAACAACAAAUGCCAGAAAAGACAUCCCCGCAAGGGGAAAACGUGGUAAAGAUGCAAGAUUCUUUUAUUCCACACGAUUCGUUCAUUGACGCGGUACUAAAAGCACACAAUGAACUUCGCGCCCUUCACGGCGUGCCCAGUCUUAAAUGGUCCGCUGCGCUAUCAAAAGAGGCGCAGGCUUGGGCAGAGAAGUUGUCUCGAAAUGGUGAACUGCGUCACGCGCAUAAAGAAGAACGAAAGUUUAAGGGAGAAAACAUCUGCCGCAUGUCGAACCACUAUGAUGUCACUGACGCUGUGAGGAUUUGGUACUCGGAGAUCAACAGUUACAAAUACCACUCGCCUGGUUUUAGUUUCGAUACUGGUCACUUCACUCAGAUCGUUUGGCGAGAUACCACUGAAGUUGGAGUGGGAACAUGCAAGAGUCGCGAUGGAAGUCUUACGUAUAUUGUCGCUAGGUAUAACCCAGCAGGAAAUGUGCUGAAAAAGUUUCAUGAAAAUGUUCUGAACACUAAUAGCCGAAGUUGAAAACUUGAAUGAACAGCACUAGUUGUGUGACAUUGAGUUAACUCUUGUUACUACUCGCUAAAGUCAAGCUCUGCGAUAUAAUAAGCCAUGUUAUCUGUUACUCCUGGUGAUUGUUAUUUAAGCAUAUGUAUUAAGGUGAAAUUGUGUUGCGAAAAAUGUGAUAUAAAACGAUUCAUAUUAGAGAGGGUAACUUGACAUUUUCCCACAGAGACAUUACAGCAAUUCUGACACAAAAGGUGAUCGCAAAUUGAGGUCUUCUUAGGCCUUCUGACGCAUGCUACGAUGGAAGAAUUGCACGGACUAAAGUUUCAAUUAUAAGUUUUAACCGUCAGCCGGGCAGUGUAAUUUGUUUCAAAGGAGUAGUGAGCGACUGCACGUAAUACCUACUAAAUGGAUGAAUUAACUCAUAUUGCUUCUCAGCUGUUUCCCAAUUUAUAUUUCAUUCACUGUAAUUAAUUAAAACU